CGUGGUACUGCUUAACUUUUGAUUUGAGCUUCACAUUCAAUCAGUUUUCUAGUAGUUCAACCAACCUCAGACUUCCUCUAAACAAAAAAGAAAACCACCCUCACACGGUUUAAUAGUCCUGUUGUAUUUCGAUCGACAAAUCUUGGUUUGUGAGAAAGCUGUAGUUUCAAUCAUUGUAACUUUGGAGUGGAGUAUCAUUUAACCUGGUACAACAGCAUAGAAGAGAGAAUCAUGCCGUGCUACAGGAUCUGCAAGCAUACGAAAGAUUACAACAAUAUGAGAGCACUGAGGAAAUGGUGGGAAGAUUGGGAUCUGAGGAUUCUAAUUCUCUACAUCCUCAUUGCUCAGUUAUACCUUCUUUUUUUUGGACGGAACCGCAGAAAGAAAAUGUCACCAUUGACGAUGAUUGUGAACGUUUCGUUACUCUACUUAUUUGCGGAUUUGCUGGCAACAAUUGCUCUAGGAAAGCUCUCUAAGAUCAAAGUUGACGAUAACGAUGGUAUGUAUGCGCUUAGGGUGUUGUGGGCACCUCUGAUCUUGUUCUAUCUCGGGGGUCCGGAAACCGUUACCGUCGUACGCCUGGAGGAAAAUCAGUUGUGGGUGAAACACCUAGUAGGACUCCUUAUGCAAGGCCUAAGAACAGCUUAUGCCCUGCUAAUAACCUGGUCUGGGCAUGUGCUCUCUCUUCUGGCCGUGUUGAUGUUUAUUCCCGGGAUUAUCAAGUAUGGAGAAAGAGUGUGGGUAGUCAGGUCAAGAUCCAAGGACUACAGGGGUUUGGUUCAUUCAAGUUUACCCACAAUCGACCAAAACAGUGCUUUGGGACCGAAUGCAAAGCUAGUGCUCCUAGCCGAUUCCUGGUUACGGACCUUAAUGCCUCAUAAACCAGGUUACAAGUGUAACGCGAGCAUAGUGAGAAUUAUGGUAACGAGUUUCCGUGACUCGGUUAGAACGGGUAGCGUCGAUGCUUUCAAACUGAUAGAAAUUGAGUUGGGUUUGAUGUAUGACAUACUCUUCAGUAAGGUAGGCACGAUUUUUACUGUACGGGGAAGCAUACUUAGAUUUCUUAGCUUCUCUUUCCUUGUUUCUGUGCUUGUGGUAUACUUAAAGUGUGAGAAGCCUCAAGGGCAUUUGGAAGUGGAUCAUAUUAUUACCAUCAUUCUGUUAGCUGGAGCCAUUUUUCUAGAGAUAGCUGGUAUUGUUGUGCAACUUGUUUCGGAUUGGGCCUUGGUUUGGGCGUGUAAGAAUCGGGCUACUUCGGUUCUCUUUCUUCACGAAUUUCUAAUCUCUAAAAGCCAGAGUUGGUUCUUAACCUCCCACCAAAAAAGAAGCCAGAGGUGGUCGGGGGUUAUCGGGCAAUUCAGCUUCCGGGUCUUCUGCACAAAAUAUAAGCCUACCGUGUGCAAUAAUUUGAUGUGGAGACUUUUUGGCAGGGAAAGAAUGUUGAAUAGAUUCAGCUCACAGGAGAGUCCAGUUCCACAUUUGAAAGAUCUAAUCAUCGGUCAACUUCUUGACAAAUCAGAGAAUGCUGCAGUUGCUGGUACUUUGCAGACUUCAAGAGAGAGAGUUGCGGAUAUUGAUACUUCCCAGACUUCAACUCCAGAAAUUGCAAAUGUUGACAAUUUGCAGACUUCAACUGAUCAGGAAAUUGUUGAAGGUUAUCCUGUGCUGCAGACUGAAAAUGUUGACAAUUUGCAGACUUCGAUUGAGGAAAUUGUUGAAGGUGAUAUUGUGCUGCAGACUGCAAAUGAAAAUGUUGCAAAUGUUGACAAUUUGCAGACUUCAACUGAGGAAAUUGUUGAAGGUGAUACUGUGCUGCAGACUGCAAAUGAAAAUGUUGCAAAUGUUGAUAGGUUGCCGACUUUAGGUGUGAGGUCAGGUGAGUGGACCCUUGUAAGGUACAAUCUUGUGCAGCAGUUCAAGUGGACUAUGGAACAAGAGUUUGGUCAAAGUAUUGUCAUUUGGCAUGUUGCUACCGAAGUUUGCUACGAGCUGGAUCAUCCUAAAAUCGGUAAGGAUAAGGAGAAACUGCAAGCGGUCAAAAUACUUUCCGACUACAUGAUGUAUUUGCUUGUUGCAUGUCCUUCAAGAUUCCCCUUCUGCAACGAAUAUGACAAGAUUAUGAAGGAUUAUGCAGAUAUGCAGGAACUCUUUGAUGGAGGAGCAUUCGGAUCGUCCAGACCGGAAGGGGUUGGGAAUGAGGGCAACACCACCAAUAUCCGCCCACUCGUGAACAAGGCACGAAGACUUGUGCUAGAUAUGAAGGGGAAUCCGAAGAGGUGGGAUAUCAUGGGCAGCAUGUGGGUGGAGAUGUUGUGCUAUGCUGCCAUGAAAUGCCCAUGGAACAACCAUAUUCAAGGGCUUCGAAAUGGGGGAGAGUUUCUCACACACGUCUGGCUUCUGCUUAUGCACUUUGGCGUAACGAGAAAGCUAGUGGGAAGUGACUCUAGCUUGAACACUGAAGAGGACGGCGGCAUAAGAAACACCCGUGAGAACAUAGAAGAAAAAGACAACGAUGAUGGGGAAAAAGAUACUUCCAAUGAUCUUUCGUGUGAGGGUUGCUUCUUCUGGUCAUGAAGAAUAUAAGCAGAAUGCGGUCGAGGGUUGCACCGUUGGUUUGAUUUGAUAUUCCAGAGAUGAAACUCUUUCUACUUGUAACAUUUCUAGUUAUGGAUUGCUUCUGAAGUGUGUUUGUUUGUUUGUUUUUAGAAAACACUUCCUGAUCUGCUGCUGCAAAAUUUCAGGACCGGUUGGCAUUAUUAUGUCUGAAUAUGUGUGUGUGUGUAAUAUUAAUGCUGUGCAAUUGCUCAACUA